CGCACAGCGUGCAUUUGAAAGCUAACGUUCCGAGUUGAACCUUCAUCGAGUUUGGUGCGCGAAUACGACUCAGGCCAUGGGCAAUACGGCGCUGGUGUGGCUCAUCGUAACGGUCGUGCUAUCGCUGAGCUACUAUCGAUGGAAACGCCGGAAAGUGAUAGCAAUGCUGUCGAGAAUGAACGGACCGCGAUCGAUACCAUUUUUGGGACAUGUGCAUCUGAUGAGGGAAUUCACGUCCGGAGAAAAAGUGUUUCACACUCUGAUGCGGUACAGUUCUCUUUAUAAAUCUCCAGUGGCAGCAGAGGUGGGCCCUUUGGCAUACAUCUUCGUGUACACGCCGGCUCAUAUCCAAACGGUUUUGACAUCUCCACAUUGCUUGGAUAAAACGAUGCAAUACAGUUUCUUCAAUGUCAAUCGGGCUGUAUUCGGUUCAUCAGGCGACCUUUGGAAGCUUCAGCGUAAACUGUUUACCCCGUCAUUUGGACCCAGUAUCUUGCACAGCUUCGUUUCGAUUUUCAACGAGAAAAGUUUUAUUAUGGUAGAGCAGCUGGCUAAAUUUGUGGGAAAGCCCCAGAGGAACUACUACGGCGAACUUGUCUUGUGUUUCAUGGACAUUAUUUGCGGUACGGCAUUCGGAGUAGAUGCAAAUAUACAACGUUCACCCCUAGGGGCAGAGUACGCCAAUCUGCAAGAAAAUUACCUUGAGUUCGUGGCAAUCAGACAUUACAAUUUAUCUUAUUAUCCAAACUUCAUCUACAAUAUGACCAAUACGUUCCGAAAGGAUAAAAAGAACUUUGACAGCUUAAUGUCUCUGUUGGUAAAAGCGACACAAAUGGAUAAGCAUGAAAGCAGACUAAACAUUUCUGAUAUUGAUGAUCUACGCGAAAAAAACGCAGAAACCAAAAAGCCACAAAUAUUUAUCGACAAACUGAUUAACGAGAUUCAGAAGGAUGGUGAAAUCAAACGAGAUGAUUUGAAGCAACAUUUAUUGACUAUUUGUUUCGCUGGUAGUGACACAACCGCUUCCACUAUGAGCGCACUUCUGUUGAUGUUGGCAAUGCAUCCAGAAAUCCAGGAGCGCGUGUUUCAGGAAGUUAUGGUAGUUUGUCCAGAAAAGAAUCAAAUCGUCACAAUGGAGGAUGCCGCCAAGCUUACAUACACUGAAAUGGUUUGUAAGGAAACAAUGCGAAUGUUUCCGGUCGGUCCUAUGAUUGGCCGCGUUGCUAAAGAGGAUAUCAAAUUAGAUGAUGAAAUAACCAUUCCCGCAAAUUCCACGGUGAUUUCCUGCAUCUACAAAGUCCACAUGGAUCCGGAAAUCUGGGGACCCGAUGUGAAGAAAUUCAACCCAGAUAAUUUCCUACCAGAUCGGACGACCGAAAGGCAUCCAUAUGCAUAUCUUCCGUUCAGUGGUGGACCGCGUAACUGUUUGGGAGUACGAUACGGAUGGCUGUCAAUGAAGAUAUUGCUGGUGCACAUUCUUCGAAGAUAUCGACUAAGGACAAAUCUCACUAUGGACACAAUGAUGAUCAAAUUUUCCAUUUUUCUGAAAAUUGUGGGUGGUUGCGCGCUCAUUCUGGAUGAGAGAAUAAAAAUGUGGUUACCUUUGCUAAUACCGUACUUUUGUGUGGGAGUGGUUUUGGUGUAUUCGUGCGUACAGUGGACCCGUAGAAAGAUGUAUGCCACAUUGGCUAGCAUGUCCGGUCCCAAGCCGCUGCCAGUGAUUGGGAAUGCUCAUAAGUUCUACAAUGUUACCGCGGAGGCACUUGCCGACACCCUGCGCUAUUUUGGAAGCUUCCCAUCGCCCGUUUGUAUACACAUGGGACCGUUGCCUCAUGUUGCAAUUUUUGAUCCCGAAUCGGCGCAAGUGGUUCUCAACUCGCAGCACUGUCUCCAGAAGACGCAUCAAUAUUCAUUCUUUUGGAUUCCUCGUACACUGCUUUGCGCACCCGCUAACGUGUGGAAAGUGCAGCGCAAAGUCUUAAAUCCUUCGUUUGGUCCAGCUAUUCUUGGAAGCUUCGUCCCGAUACUCAACGAAAAAUGCAUUACAUUGAUCAACCUUCUUGAGCAACACGUUGGGAAACCGCAGAGGGACUUCAGCAGAGAUAUUCUGAAGUGCACACUGGAUCAAAUAUACGAAACGGCAUUUGAUUGCAAAUUCAAUAUGCAGCUGUCGUCGGAUGGCGACAAAUCCAUGGAUCUUUUCGAAGGUUUCAUGGAGCUUGUUGCGGCAAGGUUCUUUACUGUUUGGAAGUAUCCUGAUUGCGUAUAUCAAUGGACAAAGGCAUACAGAGAUCAGCGUAAAUAUAUUACCACGUAUUACCAAACCGUGCUGGAAAAAAUAUUGAAGCACCUCGAUUUCGUUAACAGUAUCACAAAAUUGGACAAGAAUGAAGAUACCGAAAAGCCCCAAAACUAUGUUAACAACUUGUUAAAAUAUUUGCGAAUGCAGGAAUCAACGUCCAAAGAAGAGAUUUAUUCACAUUUUGGUUUGAUGGUUUUCGCGGGUAACGAAACAACAGCGAAAACGAUCUCUUUCAUUUUGCUCAUGCUCGCAAUUCAUCAGGAUGUGCAAGAACGAUGCUACCAGGAAAUAGCCGGUGUUUGUCCUGAAAUAGAUCAGUACAUAUCUGCGGAGCACGCUGCAAAUCUCACGUACCUUGAAAUGGCAUGCAAAGAAACUAUGAGACUAUUUCCCGUAGCUCCAAUAUUGGGACGGAUCGCUACUGAGGACGUCAAACUGAAUGAUUGUCACACGAUUCCGGCAAACGCCAGAAUCAUAAUAGGCACUCAUCAAAUGCAUCGGGACCCGAAAAUUUGGGGAACGAAUGCGGACAGGUUUGAUCCCGACAACUUUCUGCCGGAAAAUGUAGCCAAGCGACAUCCGUAUUCGUACAUACCAUUCAGCGGAGGACCACGGAAUUGCUUGGGAGUGCGGUACGCAUGGUUGUCUAUGAAAAUUUUGAUCGCAUAUGUACUGCGCAACUACCGCUUGAGCACGUCACUGGAGUAUGACCAAGUCAGGAUAUCAUACGGAGUGAUGCUGAACAUCAAAAAUGGCUGUCAAUUAACGAUUGAAAAAAGAUGAGUAAAAUUUAGGAGAAAAAACUCUCAAACAGAUUUCUGUAUUUGAAAAUUUGAGAAAACACUUAUCCACCCACCUAUCAUCGAUGGUGCCUUUCUGUAAAUGUAAAAUAAUAUGAUAAA